GGAAGAAAAUCAAAGUGUUGUGAAUAAAAAAGAUAAUAAAAAUUUGAGUGUGACAAAAAUGAAAGCUUCACAAAAAAUAGACAACAAUCCUAAAAUCAUGAAUCGUAAAAAACAAAGAGAAUUUUGGAAUCUUCCAUUGAGAGAGCGAAUGAUGAGCCAUUUGAAAGCUUCUCGUUUUAGAUUCAUCAACGAACAAUUAUAUACUAAUGAUAGUAAUGCAAAUAAAAAAUUAUUUCAAGAAGAUCCUAGUGCCUUCUAUGCCUAUCACGAAGGCUACAAGAAUCAAGUUGAGAAGUGGCCAAUGAAUCCUGUUGAUGUUAUCAUUAAGUCAUUAUUAAAAAUGCCAAAAGAACAUGUUAUAGCAGAUUUUGGCUGUGGCGAAGCUAAAAUAGCUGAGUCUGUACCUCAAACCGUCCAUUCAUUUGAUUUAGUUGCAGUAAAUGAAAAAGUCAAAGCAUGUGACAUUGCCAAUACUCCUCUCUUGACUGGUCGCACCAAUGUUGUUGUAUUUUGUCUUUCUCUUAUGGGUUCUAAUUUAAACGAUUAUAUACUGGAAGCUAACAGAGUUCUUAUUCAAGGUGGGAUUCUCAAAAUUGCAGAAGUUGAAAGCAGAUUUGAAAAAAUUGAAGAUUUUAUUCAUCAAAUGAAAUCAUACGGGUUUGUUAAUACAUGGAAGGAUUUAUCACACAAUAUAUUUUAUUUUAUGGACUUCAAAAAAACAAAAGAUGUGUCAAAAACAGAUGCCAAAAAGUUGCCUAACUUAUUACUAAAAUCUUGUAUGUACAAAAAAAGAUGAGUCACUUA